AUGGCGACAGAACAGCAAAUGCAAAUGGUUGCGGAAUUAGAAAUGGAGAUGAUGUCAGAUAUGUAUCGGCGAAUGACAACAGCUUGUCAAGAAAAAUGCAUCGCCAAUACUUUCAAAGAGGGAGAAUUAACAAAAGGCGAAGCUGUGUGUUUAGACCGGUGCGUCGCCAAAUACUUAGAUGUACACGAGAAGUUGGGAAAACGUCUGACAACAAUAUCCCAGACUGACGAAGCCGCUUUGCAAAAAAUGAAUCAGCCUGAUAAAUAGUGACUAAAUGCUUGCGCACUCACGCAAGUUCACAUGUAUCUAUAUAUGCAUGAGAGCGUAGCAGCACUAGCGUCGAUCUGAUAUAGGAUUUUCAUAGCUUAUUGAGUUCUAGGUUCCGUAUUACAUUGCUCUAUUUUGUUAUUUUCGUUGUUUCAUUGUUGCAUACGUGAAGCGAUAGCGUUCGUCGCUUCUAGAGGAACCCUUACGACG